AACGCCGCCCUGUGGAUUGCGUGCCAUUGUGUUCAUUUUCAGCUCCUUGAAAUCGUGUUAUUUUAGCGAUGGCAUCACGAGAACAUUGUUCAACAUUCACCAUUCCUUGCGAUCUUGCUAAGCGUCACGGACUUACGGCGGCUUGGAUUACGGAAGACAAAAUCUCUGUCACAGCUUACAACAAUCAACUUUUGCAGUCCUUCAACAAGCGUCCUCCGAAUACGUUUCCCGUCAACGUACACCAUUUGACGUCGAAUUUCAUUCUGGACGAACCUAUUCUGCGUAGUCUGGUUUCAGAAUGUAGCAACAUUUUCCUGAAUUUGCAGCUGGUAAGAAAUAGUUCCCCUGCUGCUUCCAUAGACUAUUUAAAAAUAUCGCGUACCUACCGGAGCGCUAUCAGAGCAUGUUUGGAGAAACUUCAGGACCUGCUUACCAAUACAAAACUUAGAGAUCCCGAACAGUAUCAAAACUAUGUGACGAUCUUCUAUUCCGUGGAAUGUAUUUGGCAUUUGGUGGAAAUUCUUAUUAUUGAUACCAGUUCGGCUAAUGCAGUGGUUGCUAAUCUGCUGGAUUGGGUUCGUUUCCAUUUUCCCACAGCCGAACGGCUGGCAACGGAGCUUCUGCAACAAGGGCGCGAAGUUGAUUCCAGUGAUGAUUAUUGGCCGGUAGUUAAAGGCUUGAUCGUUCAGGGCCAACUGAAUGUGGCUCGUGCUCUACUCAAGCUACACACCAACUCGGAGAGUGUCUGCUUCGAGCUAGCCGAACAGGUUUUGCAAACCAUGCCGGUCUAUAGUGUCUAUGGGGGCCUUUCGGUGCAGAAGUUCAAAUCGCAGUGGCAGUAUUGGACAGCGAAUGCUCGCUCAAAGAUUGAUGCCGGCAUUCUAGCAUCGGAACCAGAACUGGAGGAAAUUAUUAAGCUUGUGAUUGGCGACCGUAGAACUUGGACAGAACAAUGUCGAUAUGCAUCCUGCUGGUAUGAGUUUUUCCCAGGUUAUUUGUUUUAUACGGAAUCAACAUGCAAGUAUUAUGAGCUCGGGACAUUCGCCAACAGUUGGCUUUCGCAGUGGAUCAGUGCGGGAGGAUCAAACCCAACAUACAAAUAUUUGGACAAAAUUAUACUCUCCGUGAUGGAGAAUAAUCUGCCCCAGGUGCUGCACAAUAUCCAGAACAUUUGCGAUAAUAAAUGGUUCGUUACGCAUUUAGUGGAUCUGCUGUACCACUGCGGUCAUCUUACACUUUCCACUGGUAGCAACGAUGAACAGGAUGCGGAGAAGAAGUUUCGAGAGUCGUUGCUGUACGAUUUUGGAUCUCUGUUAAUGUCUCGAAACGCUUACUUGUGGGAAGCGGGAUUAGAUUACCUGGAAUUCUCUAGUACGGAAGGUUUAGGAGCUAGGGAAGCACUCUUAGCAAGAAUUCCAAUCAAGAACGAGCAUCAAGCUAUGAAACUGAUUAGUGCAGCUAAGAAACACGGUUUCUCCUCCGUGGAAACUGAAAUCUGCAGGGUACUGGUAAAGAGAAACCUGGCGAACAGGCGUUAUGGCAAUGCCAUGGAAUGGGCGAUUCGUUCGCGGGAUAGCUUCUACGUGACGGCGGUAGCAAACAUUUUCCUGGAGCACUAUUGCAACCAUGGGGAGAUUCUGUGUGAGGAUGUCGUCGCUAACAUUGGCGCGAAAAUGUUCGUUUCGCCACGCUUGAUUUUCCUGGUGAAGUACUACGACUUCCGUCAAUUCUACCGGGAGCGAUCGUUUGCGCAAGCUGCUGAGCUGCUAAUUAACCUGCUGGAUUCGAAGAUUACACCGAGCUACUUCUGGCCAUCGCUGCUGGCGGACACCAUCCCGCUGCUCGAGUUCAAGGAGCCCGUCAUUCCAACCAAGGAAACGUACACCAUCCUGCACCAUCUGGAAUGGGAUCUGGUGCCGAUGAUCGAAAAACGCAAGGAGCAGCUCAAGGCUACCGCCAGUGCUAAAUCCAGGAAAGCCGACGCUAUGGAGGAGGAAGAUAACGAUCAGCAGGUGUUGAUUGCGAAGUUUUCAUCCAAUUUGUUGAACAACUGCACGGACGAUCUGGUGAAGUUGCUGCGGUUGGCGUGCGCUCGCAACCUGGCACGUGCUUUUAUCAUCGAGAACACCGUUUCUGAGUGAAUUUCCUCCUUUUUGAUU